ACGCUCAUUAUGAAUGUAUGAAAAACUAUGACUAAUAAGGUGUAUUUUUUAUCGCGAUUGUCAUAAAUUCCUUGGUGAAAAGUACUCAAACUAUGCUUUAAGAAGAUUUUGAACUAUCUUCCUAGGACAAAAAGAAUUCAAGUUUUGAAAUUCGCCGUUUGAAAUUUGCUCAAAGUUCUCUUAAAAUUCACUUGCAACCAAGAUUUGUAUAUGUAUAACUUUGCAUAUUAAAGUUAAAAGUUUUAUUAAAGACUUCCUUUUAAAAGUACAAGGGGAUAACCAGAUUUGACAAUGGAAAGUUGCUGUAAAUGACGACUAUUACACUAUAUUUAUUUAAUGUACAAUUGACCUCAUCAGUUCAAUAAUAUUUCAACCGUAAAAGCAUCUGCUGACACAGAACUGUAUGUUACAACCUUUGGACCAUCUUCACAAGUUCUCCAUAUUACAUGUACUUCUACUGUUAAACUUUUGGAACACAAAACAUGUCUAAAAAGAAGGCAUUUUAUAUUUCAUUGGUGGUAAUUCUAAUGACUAUUCACAAGAUACGCAGUACUACUACGUGCUCCAUUUUUCGUAAUUCAAGAGACAAUAUCACACCAUCGAAAUGCUUGGUACCAGCAAAGAAUGUCUGCCAAAGUCUUGGUGCCAUGGUCAAGGAUCCUAGGUCUUGUAAGUGCAUCUGCCCACGUGAUAAAGGGACUUAUAUGGAAAAUACACAGAAGUGCACAGCCAAAUAUGGUGUCUGGUCGGGUUGUAAUUUUAGUCUGAAAGGUCCUCCAUGGUCAGUGCCAGUCUUUCCUCUUAGAAGAUCCACCACAGAGAUUAUCAUCCCAUCUACUUUAAAAAAAUGUAAAAUAUCAAUAGACACGGCAAGGUCUUUCUAUCUAAAUGUGACAGGAUGGAAGAAUAUUGACCCAAAGAAAGGAUUUCCAUUUGCAUUGAGUUAUGAACGAAAGAGUCGGACAAUAAGACUGAAGUGGACUGGUAAAUCAAAAAAUCAUGGCAACAGCAUUAUAAGACUUGGAAUCAAAGGUUGUGGAAAAACGGACUGCCUUCUUUUCAAAGUUGUCAGUGGUCUAAUAAGCUACCCAUGUUCACUUCCUACACCAAUACCAAGUACUCCUGAAACSACUGCUGCAACAACUGUCAUAUCUACAAUGACUUCUUCAUAUCCUGUAACAAAUGAUUCUGUAGUUCAAAAUCUGUCUAGUUAUACUACCAUGAAGAAGCCUUCCCAGAGGCCUACAGUGGUGGUURAUAAGGAUAAACAUGGGUCCUCAUCUGAUGGCGUAUCAUGGAUCAUCAUAGGACCUGUUAUUGGUGUUAUAAUCGUGYUAACUGUGUGCGUUAUUGUAAUGGUCUUGUGUUUUUGGAGAAUAUGGAAGAAAAAAUUAAAGAACAAUUAUCAUAAUAGUGCAACAUCCUCGUCAUUGUUCAUUCAGACUCCCUCAUCUKCAAGAGAGGUGGCUUAUACUGCCCCACACCACCCCUACCAAGACUUAAAGCCUCCUUUYACGGGUUUUCCCCCAGGAGUCUAUCAACCAUUGAGCCACAAAACAAAAGAAGAUGCAUCAGGGUAUUUGCUGCCAGUCUUACCCUCYGCAGAAACAUCUAGAGACUCGGACCCCGAACCAAUAUACAAUGAGAUAGGCAGCCCGAGAACACUACCAACUUAUGACUAUGCACUGCCUGAGAACACAGUACGGUUGUCAGUGCAUUCCCUUAAUGAUGCUAACUCAAAUGAACCAGCUUAUGURGGACGGCCUUCUAAAGAACAAGAGGGACCAAAUUCAAAUGGUGCACCYAAAGGGGUAUAUGCAGAACCUAUACAAAAUGGUUCCUUAGAUGAAGUUGAKGGAGCAGGGUAUCUAGAGCUAAGUGGUGUGGAUUCAAGAAAACCCRCAGUGAUUAAUACUUAUCAAGAGCCCAUGCCRUUGAGGCCCCAAGGCCAUAAUCAGAGAGGGCCCUUAGGUGAAGGACAGGGARCACCUUCAACAAUUGGUCCUUAUMAAGCCCUAGAAGUACCUAGCAAUCCAGGAUAUGAACCAUUGAGAUUGUCACCUAUUCAGGAAGGUGGAAAUGAUACAACGGCAUGAAUUKUGAGUUCUCUUUUCCCAUUUCAGCUGUUACUUUUUGAUAAACAUGCUCAGUACGCAAUUUGUGUAAAUAUCAAUAACAUAAUUAUAGAUAAUUGAUAUCAUGAAUUAAUAUUUAUAUUGUUAAACUUGGCAAAAUAAAAACAUUUCUACCAACAAACAUUGUAUUGAAAUGAUUUUGACUUGAUACACCUGUAUAUAACUUUAUGUGUAUUUUAUUUAACUUUGAAAGCUUUGGUU